UACAGUGAGAAAUCUGUGAUCCGAUCAAAGCAAGAUAAGCUGGCACUGGAACUCCUUGAACAGGCCACAAAAAGGGUUGAGAUCAAUGGUGUUAAUCGCUACGCCACUCCUCUUCUUCGGAUGGCAAACUUUCCUCCUUUGAAUGUCCCUCCAACUGUAGUCAUGUCUAGACUCCGCAAAACUGAGGCUCGGUUAGCUAAAGAUCCUGACAAAGCCAUGUCUUACAAGGAUCAGAUUUUGAAAUUGGAGCAAGCAGGCUAUGUAGUUAAACUUAGCCCAGAGGAGAUGCACAAUAGCAAAGAAGCUUGGUAUAUUCCUCAUCAUAUGACAAGUCACAACAAUAAAGAUCGCAUAGUCUUUGACUGCUCUUUCACAUUUCAAGGUCAGUGUCUCAAUAAGUACCUAUUGCCAGGACCAAUCCUUGGGCCAACACUUCUCGGUGUUUUGUUGCGUUUUAGACAACAAUCAGUGGCAAUAAGUGGUGACAUCAAAAGCAUGUUUCACCAAGUCCGUCUCCUGCCUCCUGAUAAACCACUCCUCCGAUUCCUGUGGCGUGACAUGAACAAAGCAGCUCCCCCUUCAGUGUAUGAGUGGCAGGUACUCCCCUUCGGUACGACCUGCAGCCCUUGUUGUGCAAUCUAUGCACUGCAGAAACAUGUGAAGGAAUAUCAAUCUGACAAAGAUGUGCAGUCUUCAGUAAUGCAGUGUUUCUAUGUUGAUAAGUGCUUGCAGAGUUUUCCAUCAGCAGAGUCAGCUCGAACACUCCUAGACAAAUUAAGAAACCAUCUAUCAGAAGGAGGCUUCGACCUUCCCCAGUGGGCCAGCAAUAAUCCUGUUGUGAUUAGCCAUCUACCAUCUGAGGAAUAGACUGCUUUGGACCAUACGUGGUCAAGACCAGCCGCAGAUCGGAGAAAAGGUGGGGAAUAAUAUUCAAAUGUCUCACGACUCGGUGUAUACAUCUUGACCUCCUAAACAGCAUGGAUACCGACUCCUUCCUCAUGGCCCUCCAACGAUUCAUUUUUCGACGAGGAACACCCCUGGAAAUUAUAUGUGAUCAAGGAACUAACUUCAAAGGAGGAGAUAAGGAACUACAGGCCGCUUUUAACAACCUUGCUCCGACUCUACAGCCGGUCCUGAUGACUAAAAGAAUCCAUUUCAAAUUCAAUCCCCCGGAUGCACCCCAUUUCGGUGGAGCCUGGGAGAGGGAGAUACGUUCUGUGAAGAAUGCUCUGAAGAGAACCGUUGGUGCACAAAUGGUCACUGAAGAGGUCUUAAGAACAGUCCUAAUUGAGAUUGAAGGCAUUCUUAAC